GUUGCUAUGAAAGUUAUUGACAAAAAGAAAGCCAAGCAAGACUCUUAUGUUCUAAAAAACAUGAAAAGAGAGCCAAGAAUUCACCAAAUGAUUAAACAUCCAAAUAUCGUUCAACUUUAUGAAACACUAGAGACAGAAAACUCAUACUACAUGGUGAUGGAACUAUGCCUAGGAGGAGAUCUAAUGGAUAGAAUUUGUGAUAAAAAGAGACUAGAUGAACGAGAUGUAAGGCGGUACACCAGACAAUUAUUGUCUGCACUGGACCAUUUACACCGCCAUGGAAUUGUACAUAG